AUGUCAACAGCAACUGCUAGUGAAGAGAUUGACCUGGGAGAAGAUUAUUAUAACAUUUUCGAUAUUACAGAGUCUCAAAUUAUCAUCUUUGAAUUCUUCAAGUAUUGUCACAUCAAACACAAAAUCUUCAAUGUAUCAGAAAUUGACUUCACUUUGUUUGAGAAAUUCUUGUAUGACACCUCUAGAACAUCCUUUAAAAGUGAUGUUGAUAAUGGCCUUCCUGAAAAAGAAAGAAAGUUGAAAAUUAGAAAUAGAAGAAAAGAUUUCAUUAAAAACCAAAAAUUAAUGUUCAAAAGUGUAAACAUCCAAUUGGGGACUAUUAUCAAGUUCAGUUCAGAGAAUGAAUCAAUUAAUGAGAAUGAAUCAAUUGAUGAACGUACUGAUCAACAAAAGGUAUACUUAGUUGACACUGAAAAAUUAAAAUCAUUUACCAAUUUGAACUUCAAACAAGUCUUUUUGAAUUUUUUAAAGUCAAGAUCCAAAAUUUCAAAUUAUUAUUUUACUAAUGGAUCAAAACAAUACAGAUUGAAGAUAGAAUUAGUUAGCUACUUACAGAAUAUACUUAGAUCAAGAGAAGGGAACAAUUAUCUAAAGAAUUCGGAAAUUAUUGUUAAUUUUUCUUUUGACAAGAUAAUUCACCUAUUGAACUUAUUAUACGUCAAUGAAAUCAAAGAAAAUGAAAACAACAAUGAAAUUGAACAUGAACAGUCAUCAAAUACAAAUCAAUUAGAGUCUGGUGAUGUUGAAAUGUCUAUAGAGAAAAUUAUCCAUAAUGAAGAAGUUACUGAUCUGCAAAAUAAAGAUUUAGCUGAAUUAAAAAAUAAAGAAUUAGAAUUAAUUGUUUCACAACAUGUUCAAGAAGCUAAUGUAAUUCUUGGUUCAACAACUAAUACACCAAGUUCAGUAGAUAAUGUUAAUGCUACCAAUUCCAUAACAAAGAAGAAUCAUCAUAAUGAAGAAUUAGUUACUGAUACAGAAUCACAAAAUAAUGGUGUUAUUGCAGCAGAUUUAGCUGAAUUAAAAAAUAAAGAAUUAGAAAUUAUUCCACAACAUGUUAAAGAAGCUAAUGUAAUUAUUGGUUCAGCAACUAGUAAUACACCAAAAUCAGUAAAUAAUGAAAAGUUCAGAGCUGAAACUGAUGAAUUAACCGAAGUUAAAACAGGUACCUCAAAUAAAAGAAGCUUAAAAGAUCAGGUAGAUUAUAAGAAAAAGCUUCAAAAAACGGUACCAGUACCUAAACCAUUACCUUCAUUUGUGACUGCAACAACCAAAGCGUCAAGACAAAGGGAUUUGGAAAAUGCUCGUCGUCGUAAUAAAUAA